AUGGCGUCCGUCAAAAUGAAGGAACGAGCUGAAGCCUCAACCCCUGAUUCGGUCACUGCUUCAACAACUAUUACCACUCAGCCUGCUGGCAGCGAUGAAAAUGCAGAGUCGUUUCAGAGUUCUUCUCCCAAGGCCGAUGAGGAACAUAAAUAUCUGGCGACACGGCCGUUAACACUUCUGGGCGGCUCCCUCUUGCUCGUCAUAUUACUCGUUACGCUCGAUGCCUCGAUCCUUGCUACUGCCAUUCCAAAGAUUACAGAUCACUUCCAUACCAUUGCUGACAUCGGCUGGUACCCUGCAGCAUACAUGAUAACAAAUGCAUCUUUGCAACCUCUCACCGGAAAAGUGUUCACAUACUUCUCACUCAAGCGCGCCUUUCUUGGUUUUGUCGCCGUUUUCGAAUUGGGAUCCUUAAUCUGCGCCCUCGCCUCGUCUAGCACAAUGUUGGUGGUUGGGCGAGCAGUCGCUGGGAUGGGGGCGUCGGGUCUGAUGAACGGGACCCUCACCAUCAUUGCUGUCGCGGCUUCUCCUUCUGUCCGACCUACCAUGAUGGGACUCCUCAUGUCUUUCGCUGGUGCUGGACAACUCAUAGCGCCACUGAUUGGUGGUGCCUUAACCGAGCAUGUCUCGUGGCGCUGGUGCUUUUGGAUCAACCUUCCCGUCGGCGCAGUGACCAUAGUGGCGACAAUGUUCAUCCGUUUCCCGGCAUACAAGGCUCGCAAGACAAAUUGGACAUUCCGAGAUGUGAUUCACGACUUCGACAUUACUGGAUUUGUUGUUUUUGCGCCAGCAUGCGUCAUGCUUCUUCUCGCUCUGGAGUGGGGUGGAACCACGUAUUCAUGGUCGUCCGCUACGAUCAUCGGACUAUUCUGCGGGUCGGCAGGGGCAUUCCUAGGCUUCUUCGCUUGGGAGUACCGUCAGGGAGAGUCUGCCAUGAUUCCACUAUCGCUGAUACGGAAGCGAGUCAUUUACAGCAGUUUGCUCAACGCUGCAUUGCAGUUCGGGGGCAUAUUGCUCUACGUGUAUUACCUGCCUUUGUGGUUUCAAGUGAUCAAAUCUGCCAGCCCAACCAUGAGUGCAGUCUACAUCCUCCCAACUUUUGGGCUGCAGAUCUUCAGCGCAGUCCUUGCUGGCGCCUUGACGUCCCGGUUCGGCUAUCUGGCACCGCUGGCUGCAACCGGUUCCACCUUGGUUACAGUCGCAGCAGGGCUAGCCAGUACACUCGGUGUGCAUACAGACGCGGGGAAGUACAUUGGGUAUCAGGUCCUCAACGGCGUGGGUCGAGGCUUCACGAUGCAGCAGCCCAUCCAAGCCGUCCAGUCCACCGUUUCACCUGCCAUGAUCCCCGUCGCAACGGCCACCGUGGCAUUCUCCCAGACCUUCGGCGCCGCGCUGUUCCUCAGUCUCGGUCAAACCACCUUCCUGAACCUCCUCCGUCCCGCCUUGCGCACUCACGCACCCGGCGUCAACGCACAGGACGUAAUCAACACCGGCGCCACGAACUACCUCGCCAAUCUCCCCGCUGGGACACACAACGCCGGAGUCAGGAACGGCGUGCUCCUGGCGUACAACGACGCGAUCACACAAACAUUCUACCUCGCCGUGGGAUGCGGCGCUGGUGCCUUUGUGGCGAGUUUGGGGCUGGGCAAAACCAAGGUCCCGACGAAAUCAGAUAAGAGGAACAAGAACGCCGAAAAGACAACAAAUCGGGACGAGGAAAAGGGCGAGCGUCCCAGCAGCCAGGAGGAAAGUGGCCGGAGUACCAAGGAAACAGAGGGCUUAUCGUAA